AUGAUGACUCGGAGCGGAACAGCAUCGACUCCUUCAUUUGAUUAUGGAGUGCUGAUAUGCGGACCGACUUUUUCAGGUAAAUCCACACUGCUCCGUUGGAUUCAGAAACAGAAAUUGUUGGCAUUGAUGGGAUUGGCUGAUGAAAAUAAUAAUAAUCAUACAACAGUCAUGAUGAAUCAAUCAUCUUCCGUGGUGGAGGUUAUGAUCCGAGAUGAAAUUCUUAACCGUUGUUUCCGAGCCAUGAAAGAUGUAUUGAAUGAAAUUAAAUUCAUAGAAGAACAUUCAAGUCAUCGUUCAACAUGGAGCAAUUAUUCAGAAUUAAUGAACAAUUAUUCAAAACAGAUGGAAAUCAUGAGAACAGUAACGUUUAGGCUUUCUCAUCAGAAUCGAUCAGAUAUAUUGAAAAUCAUUCGAGCUAUGGAGGAUUUAUGGGCCGUUCCAAUUGUAAAAAUCACGUACGAGCAAAUGAUGAAAGAUGCUUAUUUUUCUCCUUUAUCUGCCACAAAGAACAAUACAGAACCCACAAAAACUGAAAACUUUGGUGAAAAUUUUCACUUGUUAUUCGAAAAUUUGCAUGCCUUACUUUCUACAAAUAAUUUUUCAAAAAGUGACAUUACAAUGAAUUAUUUGCUAUCACAUAACAAGAUAAUGGAGAUGCUUUUUCAAGCGUAUUUUCCGAAUAGCUUUUUUACAUCAUUUUCCAUGACAGGAGUGGCGGAUGACAAAGAAAAGAAAGAUACACCAUACAUUAAUGAAGACAAACCAAUGAUAGCACAAUAUGGGCAAAGAAAAUGGUGUGUUAAAGUUGUAUCAUCACAAAUCUCAUAUAUUUCAUUGGUCAGCCCUUUGGAGUUUAAUGAAAGACGUGAUUUAGCUCCAAUUGUGCUAUUUCUUGUUCCAUUAGCAGAUGUUGACACGUACAAGAAAAAUGUACUCCUACUGAAAGUCUAUAUCAAAAACUUUAUAAGCGUUUUGAGCACACCAGGAAUACAGGUAGUGCUAAUAUUCACAAAAGUAGACAUAUUUGCAAAGAAGGUCAUGACAGGAAGUAUGAAAAUUCUUGAACUAUUCCCAGAUUUUUCUGGCAAUGAAAGAGAUCCUUUACGAGUUUUCGAGCUUAUAUUCAACCAAUUUUGGAUUCAAUGCAGAAGAUAUCAUGAAAAUGUUCCAUAUUAUGCUGUGAACUUGAUUGAUCAGGAAGAGAGUUCUCAAUUUCUUUCAAUUUUACUCGAGAGAGGAUCUCCAUACGGAACACGAUCGUUCAUUUCUCGUCACUUGUUGAGCAUGAUGGAAGUGUCAAUGAAGAACAACUUGAAAAAUUCAGUUUCCAAGUGGCAUGAAUCAAAAACAUAUUUUUCGGAUGUGAUUGUGCACUUUUAA